AAUUGCGUAAAAUCAUCUGUUGAUUCACUGUCCGGUGAGUGGAGUCGCCUACAAUGUCGAACGUCUAUUGAAAUCUCUCCCUGGCUAUUGCUCUGGGCAGAACAUUCCACUCCCUCUACACAAGGCCCUCAUGCUUGCGUAAUUCUGAAAAUCGGAAACCUUCAAUUCGCUAAAUGUACUGCCAUGUGCGUGCCUAUUAAAUGCUAAACUGAGCUCGGGCUUCUCCGGAAUAAAACAAAAGCAGAACUGGAAAACGAUAGAGACUGACGCGGAGACCAAAACAUUUUUUAAAACGGGCUUUUCAAUUACAACGGGAAAAUAAAUAAUUAUGUAAAGGUAUGAGGAACCCGAAAGUUAAUUCCCCCUCGCUCGCUACUCUUUCUAGUACAGUGUAAGAAGACCCAUGUGGGUGUUUGAAAAAUUAUUUGAUGUGAAGACAAUACUUUCACUCUUGGUGCCUGUUAUCUCCGAAUGGCCUCUGCUGUACUGUCAGUCUGGGGACGUUUGUAAACUACAUUGUUGUUGUUUAUUGAUCACAGUUCCUGCUGCAGGGACUUUCCAGGUUUUCACUUCGGGAGCGGAGGGGGAAGAGGUGACCAUUUAAAAUGCAACAUUUAAAAACACACAUACACAGUUUGCUGCGAGUUUCGUAUCGUAGGCGGCAUUCCCUGUACGGAUUCCCCACGUCACAGUUCCUUUGGAAAGCUCCAGUUUAUAUGUCGGGGAAGCUAAAGGCACACAUCAAAUCGCCACCUCUCCGAGCAAAGCUAGAACCGCCGGUGAGACAAGGCUCACGGAUACGAUGGAUGCAAGGGGCGAAGACGCCGUAGCUAUGAUGGGGCCAGCGGCCGGGGUGAAGCUACAGGAUACUCGCUGGCGGCGCACUCGCCUGGCGCUCGCAUGUUGUGUGAGCUGCUGCUUCCUGCUCGCAUCGCUCAGUGCUUACUUACUGGUCAAACAGCUGCCUCCCCAGAAGGUGAGAGAGAGAGAGACACUUUCCUCCUCACUCCGACUUUCUAACGAUUUCUCUCCACAGAUGCUGCCGAGCUUUUCCAGGAAUUUCUGUUUUUUGUUUCUAACGAGCUGCAUCAACAAACUGACGGUGGCGCCUGGACCACAGAAAUCCGAAGUGAUUGGACAACCGUUGGACAUCGUUGAGAAGCCCAGGGCACACCUGACAGCCAAACUUACUUCGGUUGAUGGAAUCGAUGGGCAAUACUCCGCUCUCCAGUGGGAAGAUAAAAAUGGACUUGCUUUCACAGAAGGCCAGCUAAAUUAUCAGAACCCAGCACUCAUCAUUCCGAGGCAAGGAACUUAUUUUGUCUACUCCCAGGUGUCAUUUAGAAGCAGCAGCAAGGUUAAAAACAUUACUCAUAUCAGUCACAUCAUUACCAAGUUAACCUCAAGUUACCCUGAACCCACACAUUUACUGAGUUCCACCAGAUCUCUCCAUGGAAAUCAAAAUCGUUGGCAAGUGACCAUUUAUUUAGGAGCUAUUUUCCAGCUACAAAGAGGAGACAGGUUAGUAGUAAAUGUCAGCAAUGUGAAUCAGGUGGAUUUUACCAAUGAUCAUAAAACUUACUUUGGCGCAUUUUUACUAUGAUCAAUAAAUUAAAUGGACAGUGGCAUACUCAUUGAUUAGGGAGGAUAGUUAUACCAAGAGUUGUAGGGCUACAUAUUAAUUUUUUCUUAAAGUUCUAUCUGUCUGAUUGAACUAAUAUUUCUGGGUUCAAAUUUGUACAGCAGGAAUCUUUAGUUUAUAAAUAGUGUUACAUAAGCAUGAAGUCACCUUGUGAACUGUGAAGGGUAGAGGCUUCAUCAUUCAUGCCAGGGGUGGUUUGACUGUUGAAAACUGAGAGACCAAGGAAUCCAACAAAGGAAUGCUGGAGGACCUGCACCAAAAAUAUGCAGUUUGAUUAAUUUAACAUCCGGAGAAUGAAAACCAGGACAAUGCAGCAAAGUUAACAAAAGUACUGAGAAGAGUGACGCAAUCUAUCAAGUUGCCAAAAACUCUUUAGCUCAGUCAGAAUACUACAGAAGUCAAUGUGGCCCUUGUGGGAAGUUGACUCCCUCCUUUUAAAUCACAUCACUGUUAGCAACUGGAAAGAACCCCAUAUGUUUAUGUUAAUAAAAGUGCCCAGACAUCAUAUUCAGUAAAAAAAAAGACACUAAAAUUACAACAUUAGAGCUAGACAUUCAGUCAACAGAGAAAACAACAGUUACAAUUCUGCUAUAUUAAUGUGUGCUUUUCUUCUUACAAGAAAACAUUUUUACACCAAUUCAUAUUUUCAAUUUAAGUUCUCAAAUUUAUGACAUGAAUUUUGUUGCUAUGCAAUACAAAAUUUUCAUAUGUAUUAUUUAUAUACUGUCAAAUGUUGGUACAACAUUAUAGUGAUAAAAAGCACUUAAAGAAUGCAAAGCUUACAGCUGAUUACAUCAUAUUAAGUAAGAAAUGUCUCUGAUUUUAUUAGUUUUAUACCUUUGAGUUAAGGGAAAGACAAGGCUGAUUGAAUGUUCAACGGUCACUUAAUUUGCUGCAAAAGUUAUACAUCAUCUAUUCCUCGUUAUGAUGUACAUUUAAGCUACAGAUUGUAUAUUAUGUUUUAUAUUAAAACCUUCAUUAUUUACUGACAUAUUUUACAUAUUGUAUGAUCAUGUCAAAUACUUAUCUGUAUUGUAGAAAUUCUUUGGAUUGACUACCUUUUAUUGUAUUGAAUCUCUAUCAAGAUUCCUGAUUUUUUAACUAGUUUGUAGGAUGUAUAUUCAUUCAAAUAGCACUAAUUUCGAAUAUAUAUUCUACUCAUAGUUCAAGGAAUUUACCCAGCCAUUAGUCAUGCUACACAAACCAGGGAGAUCCUAGAUUUGACAAUCUAAUUCAGUUUCAACAGCUGUAAUGGCCCAGGUCAAGGGGGAGGGGGAGGGUGCUUGGGGAGGAAUGACUCCAAGCUCUUCAGAUGCUUUCAAGUGCCCUCAAUCAGGAAUGCAAACACUGUGAACAUUGGAUAAGAUUAAGAUCAUGCAAAUUGCACAGCUCCCACAGUUAAAUAACCUGUCAACACACUGAUGUGAACAAUAGUAGCUGGGAAUGGAGGUUGACUCCAAUAGUGUGUGGUCUAAUAAGGAGUGAUUCCUGUAACAGGAAGUGAGAUAAUGUGAGAGAAAAAAGUUUUUACCUUUCAUUUAAUGCCAUAUUUUAUUUCUGAUUGUUAA